UUGACGCAACGUGAAACGGUGAGAGGAAGAAAAGAUCACGCUGCACGUCGCCGCCGUCGAGAAAUCUGGACUCCGAGCGAUACUUGAGAAGAAUCCCAAAGCAUCGUGGAUACAAAAUCACGUCCUACACAAUAACCUUCGGUGAAGAAAGAAAGAAAGAGAUAAAGAAAAGGAAAUAAUAGAGGUAACACGAUACAUGUUAUAACCUCACAGUUUCGGACUGGUACAGUACGUAGCAGAUUCUAUGAUCUAUUGCGAGAUCGACGAUUGUCCAAAGUCUCGGAGUAUUUCUCAUUCAUUUCUAGCUCUAGAAUAGUGGUCAGCUUCAAUCGCCGACUUUGUACUUAUUGUCACUCAUGGCAUUUCUCCGAUGCAAGGAUAGUAUCGGAUAAACGAACGUUGCUCAAUUAAUGCGAUUACUACACCCACGAAGCCUCGCUUCCAAAUUUUAAUUCGUAAAGGGAAUCUUGAUAGCUGUUUGAGAUUUCAACUGUUCCGUGUACCGAAGUGGUCGUUAAAAGUUACAAAAAUAAAGGAAGGUGAAAGAGAAGAGGAGAGGAAAGAAAGAGAUUCGAGGGGAGGGAGAGUGUGUACGAGUGAAGGGUACCGGCAUGAAAAGCAGUGCGAGAAUAUUCAUGAAAAAAAAGAACACCGAGGGAAGGUUAACUUCAGCAGGAUCUUCCUUUACCAUUCAAAGCAGCUAGGAAGGCACAUGUAUGCGCGCACACUUAAUUGACAAUUAAGCGAGAAAGAAGCGGAUAGCGGGCGUUUUUCUCAUUUAAAAUAGCCGCAGACGGAGCAGACGGUCUUACGGGAAAACAAUCUCUCCUGCAUGCGGAACGGACGGUCCCGGUGAAAAAUUCAAUUGCUGACUUGAAUCACGUCCCUUGAUAAAGAAUCGCCGGAAAGGAAUUUCCGUUCGGGAGCCAGAAGGGAUUCCUCUUUAUCUUUCUCUUGCCUGCUGUCUCUUUCUUCGGCUACUGAAAGAGUAAACCAGUCUCAGCUUCCUCCAGCCGAUGAAACGUUUCAUCUGAAAUUUAUAAUUGAUAAACCGUCGAAUACCUCUUUGCUCGAGAGGAAAGUAAUCUCGAUCUCUUACAGAGACCAAGAGAGGAAUCAAUCAUUCAGACAUUUGUUACGCGGCUCGUCAAAAGGGGAAAGCUUCAUAACUGCGGUGCUAGAAAAGGUCACGAGAAACAAGAAGGAAAAAUAACGAGAUUUCGAUAACCAGACGUUGAUGCUACAAGGAAAAGAAAGAGACGCUGAUGAUAGAACGAGUAAUAUACAAAUAAUAAUACACGAAGUAUAAGAGUGUAAGUAUUUCAUUAUCAUAUAAAAGUACUAGAGAUAGAAAAAUAAUAGACAAAACGAGCACACUGUUAGAGUAAGAAAUUGAAAAUCAAUAACUUGGUUGAAUACUUUUAAUAACGUAAAGAUUCCAUUACAAAACUAACAGCUGCCAACGUAAUCUUAAAAGGAAAGAAAGAAGGGAAAGGAGAUUUCCCCUAAUAAAAAAAAAAGAGCCAGUAGCAAAGAAGUACUACACAACAUAUAACGGAACGUUUCAUUAAUUCUCAAUCGAUACGAUAUUCAAUGGAAAAAUUAAAUUGUACAACAAGAUCUGCGAUGCUCGUGGACAGAUGCUAAUAAGCUGAGUACGACCGUGUCCAACGAGAGACGGACGGACGUACUUUUGUUUUUUUUCCACAACGGUGAAAAGGAAGUCACGAAACACGGCGAACCACUACGGUAUCCACUACACGGGCUCGUACGCGUACAGCAACGGAGCACCGAGCGUGUAUAGCAACUACCCGGCGAACGGCGGGUUCGUGCAGUCUCAUCUCCAUGAAGACUACCGGCCGAUUUACUUUUACGUAGCGCAGCCCUACACUAUCCCGUACACGUUCGCGAAAAGGCCGAGGCCGUCGUCGCUGCUGAGGCCGGGCAAACCUCGGGGCAACUGUCGCGUCAAGUUUUCCAAGAGGCUCGGCAACGGCGACUUCUCGCAGAAGGUUAAGCAGGGCGAGUUCUCGAGAAGCCUCAGCCAGGUGCACUUCGUCGAGAGCCAGGGGCAAGUGAUCUCGAACUAUCCUAAGCCCCGUGAUCCGAGGAUGACGUCGAUGUUCCGACGGGGCACGAUCUUUGCUACGUUCUUCCUGUCGUUAUUGGGCGGUGGACUAGUUUGCGCCGCUUUGGUGACGCAACACUGGGUCGAGGCGCGACCGUUGAGAACCCCAAACCCUCAAGAAAGCGCUGGCCGAGUUCACUUCGGUCUUCUUCAAGGAAAGAAGGAGCUGAACGUCGCCUAUGGCUGGAGGACCUAUCAUAUCUGUGUGCCUCAAAUGAUCAAGCAAGACCCAACUGUGAUGUCUUGGGGACUCUGGAUCAGCACCCUAACGACAACCUCGGCAGCACUUGUCACCGCUGGCUUGGCUGCUUUGCUCGCCGUUUUGAACACAGCCACUUCCCCCAGGUCUAAAAUCCUUUCCGAUCCUGGAGUAUAUUUUAUAAAUAUCUUAACACUGCUAAUGUGCAUGGCGAGUACGAGCACUUGGCUAGCUCAGUAUUACACGAAGCUAUACUUCAACGUGCUUCCGAAGGAGGACAUCGAUAAUAUGUGGACCAGCGAAGGUUCUGCUGAGCUUGGUUAUUCAUUUUGGCUGGUUGUGUGCGCCGGUGUGGUGCAUUUAAUCAGCAUAGCGUUGGUAGGCUGGGGCUCAGGACGAGACAAGAUCGAACGCUUGGAGACAAUUCCAGCGCUAGAGGAAAAGACCGCCGCAGCGAUAAUGCUGUAUUGAAUCCCGUGGCUCUUGAGACGGCGAGAACUCAAAGAGAGAAAGAAGUCCAUUAUAAAAAUUACACAGAGUGUGCUGCUCAUAUUUGUUAGCGUGCAUUGAGACAACAGGAAUCGAUUAAGCAAAGAGCUGACUACGAUGUUUCUUCUAUUCGAGAAGAGACAAGUUCCUAGACGUUUGUUAGCGUAUUUAGUGUGGCGACGUAAAAAAAACAAAAACGAAAAGAGCAAGCACAUUAAAUGGGACUAUCGUUUAAAAUUUUGUUAAAACUUAAGCGUGAAAUUUGAGGAAUUUUGACACGUAAAAAAAAAAAAAAAAAAAAAAAAGAACAUUUAACUUUAAACGAAUUUGUUGAAUCGUA